CGGCGGCAGCGGCAGAGCUCACGGGGAGGGACGGGGUGCGCUCGGGGCUGCCGGGCGCGUGGUCGGUCGCUGGGUCGGUCGGUCCGCGUGUCCCGCUAGCCCGGCUUGGGCGGGGACAGCCCACAGCCUCUUCCUCCCGCACCCCGCCGUGGGGCCUGGCGCGGGCCUGGGUGCGGGCUGCUCACGCUUCUCCGGCUGCCUCUGAUAAAAAGUGUUAAGAGGUGGAAUUUUUAUCCUCGCUGCCUUUACCUUCUGCUUUAGUACAAAUCCCGAUCUUCAGGCGGCAGCCUGCAGUUGUGCUCGAGUGCCGCUUUAGACGUGUGGUGUUAUACGUUUCUUGCUCACUUCUAAGGAAAAGAUCUCCAGUUGUGUAGAAUGAGGGUGGUUGUAAGCAAAGUGUGUCUCUCGUGUUAACCACACGUCUUGGGCUCGUACCAGUGUCGGUCAGUGUGAGUAGGAUGGUGGAACACACCUUUAGUGGUCUAACCCCAGGCAGCAGCCUGGCCCCAGGCAGCCGCUCCUCACGCCUUCACCAGUGGGACUGGGGAGAGAAGGGGAAGGGUAAAAAGGUAGAAAACUUGGGGGCUGAGAUAAAGAGAAUUUAAUAGGGAAAUCAAAAGCUGUGCAGACAAGCAAAGCAGAACAAGGAAUUAGUUCCCUACUUCCCACGGGCAGGCAGGUGUUCAGCUAUCUCCAAGGAUACAGGUAACGGUUACUUGGGAAGACAAAUGACAUCGCUCCAAACAUCCUCUUCCCUCCACUCGCUAUACGGAGCAUGAUGCCAUUUGGUCUGGAGUAUCCCUUCAGUCCAGUUGGGUCACUUGCCCCAGCUGUGUCUCCUCCCUGCUGUGUUUGGCAGAAAUCCAAAACACAGCCCCAUAUUAGCCACUGUGAAAAAAAUUAAUCAAAUUAACCACCCCAACCACAACCAGCACAGCAUACCAUGGUAAAUAUGUGUGUUUUCUGUAGACGCACUGUGGUUUGUUGCAAAACCUCACAUCUGUAUGUCUGUUCAAAGUUAGAAUGAUAUGCACUUUCAAACUUAAAGUAGGGGGAAUUACUGCCCAGAUGAGGCUUAAAUUAUCAGGAGAGUAACUUUCUCAGCCUAUUCUUAUGCAGGCAAAAUACUGGUAGCCACUGGCAAGGUAAAUUCAAGAAAAGCAUGUAUCUGAUAGUGAAAAUAAUCUGCUUAUUGCUUGAACAUGAUUGAUUUGUAGAUAAUAUUGAAAGUUCUGAAAACGUUUUGCUGACAUCUAUAAAGCUGCCCAACUUGGAAUGUGUAUUGCUUUACCUAUAGCAUUUCCACUUUAUUAUUUAAACAAACACACUAUUUCAAAUACUUGUUUGAAAGUAAUUCCUGACAUCUACUGCUCUUAUAGGUCGAUCAACUCCAAAAUGUUAUCUCAAUAUCUGUGCCAAGUUUGCAAAUGUUUGUUUCUGCGCAACUUGAAACUGGAGUCAGUAAAGGUGGCUAGUUUGGCCAGAAGGAUCCAUUCUUCAUCAAAUAAGCUUUCUGACUCGGAGUCAAAGGAGCAAACUGUCCGGAAAUGUGAAACUGAAGAGUUGCCUCAGAGUACAGAAAACAGUAAUUUUGGAAGACUUCACAUACCAGUGAUGCUGGAGGAGGUUGUUAAUUGUUUAUCCCCCCAGCCAGGUCAGCGCUUCCUCGAUAUGACGUUUGGAGCCGGAGGCCACACAGCAGCUCUUUUAGAGAAAGCCAGCGACAUCACGGUGUAUGCACUAGACAGGGAUCCCACAGCUUACAAAAUAGCUCAGCAGCUUUCAGAAUCCUACCCGAAACAGAUUCAACCUCUUCUAGGACAGUUUAGCCAGUCAGAGGCUUUGCUAAUCUCAUCUGGGGUUGAGCCAGGGACUCUGGAUGGCGUUCUCCUGGAUGCUGGCUGUUCUUCUAUGCAGUUUGAUACACCUGAAAGAGGUUUUUCCCUGCAGAAGGAUGGACCUUUGGACAUGAGGAUGGAUAGUGACAGGUACCCUGACAUGCCCACUGCUGCUGAUGUUGUGAAUGCUUUAGAUCAACAGGCGCUUGCGUCCAUCCUGAGAACAUACGGGGAGGAGAGGCAUGCUAAGAAAAUCGCUUCAGCCAUCGUUCAGGCACGCAGCAUAUACCCCAUCACCAGAACUCAGCAGCUUGCAAGCAUUGUUGCAGGUGCUUUUCCAGCAUCAGCACUCUAUGCACGAAAGGACUUGCUUCAGAGACCCGCACAUGUUGCUACUAAAACUUUUCAAGGCCUGCGAAUAUUUGUAAAUGAUGAGCUCCAUGAACUCUUCAUAGGACUGAAGACAGCUGAGAAGUUUCUAAAACCUGGAGGUCGCCUUGUAGCCCUCUCCUUUCAUUCCCUAGAAGACCGUAUUAUCAAACGUUUUCUUUGUGGAAUUGACAUGACAGAAAAGUACAAUCUUGGCUCAAAGCAGAAGAUAAGGCAGGCUCUGAAAAAUUCCUCCAAAGGAGAAGAUACACAACAAUCUCCCUGUGGAAAAUUCAAUUCAAAGUGGAUUUUUAUGCACAAAAAAGUUCUCACACCCCAGGCCAAGGAUAUUCAAACAAAUCCAAGAGGAAGGUCAGCCAAGCUAAGAGCUGCUAUUAAACUCUAAACCAAAAUAUGUGAUUACAUAAUUGUUUAAUUUCUUUAAAUUUUAUUUUCUAGAAGGCUAACUGGACAGAUAGUAUCAAACUGAAAAAAUAAAAUGAAGGCUGUUAGAAAACA